GUACAAUUUUGUGGCAAUCUCAAAUUUCGUACCGGGAACCCCGGACCGCAGACGAAAACAGCGCCAAGCCGAGGACCUGCUCAAACCGAACGUCUGCAUACCAAUCGUCGGUUUUUUAUACGCGCGUCGGUGCACGCCCGUCUCUGUGUGCGUGGCCGCCUCAGUGUGCGCGCUCUCGCGCGCGGUACAGACCAUUGUUGUGUGCAGUAGACUCGCGACCGGCGAACAUACUCGUCUACUGUUACUAUACAACCUCAAAAACUGCCGGUAAACAAAAAUAAUGACCAGUGUACCACAUUACGUGCGCGAGUGCCAACAGUGUGUGAUAACCAAGUAGCGUGCGUGCAGUGAAGUGUUUUCAAACGUGUUUUGGAGUUUUGAAGCCAUGCUCGAUGUGUUUAGAUAUAACUCUGCAAGUCAAACGGAACGCCUCAACCUUAGAUUAAGUUCAACCUGACAAAAGUUAUCUGUGAUCUCAUAUUAGUUUUAAAAUAGACGUACAAUGGAUGAUAGGUAGUGCGAUGUGUUGAAAAUGCCUCAUGCGCACUCGAGUUCGGCCGCGAGCUCCGGGGGGGAUGACCUGGGCUCCACGGACGAGGUGAAGGUGUUCAAGGACGAGGGGGACGGCGAGGACGAGAAGCGAAGCUCCGAGAACUUGCUGGAGGAGAAGUCCAGCCUCAUCGACUGGACUGAGAGUGAGGAAAAGUCAGGAGAGCCUUACUCGGGCAAAUUAUCGGUGAAGUCGGAUCUUAGUCCUGUUUUUGGUAAAUUCGACCCGCACCCAGCGGCCGGCUUCAACAUGGGAUACCUCAUGGCUCCUUACCCCUACCCCAACGGCGGGGCGCAUCCCCUGCCCGUCUCAAUGGCGAGCAAGAUGGGCCUACCAGCCGGUGGCAGUUUAUCCCUGUUCUGCCCAGGGGGCGACCUCGGGCAGCCUCCCCCGGCUCACAUGGGCAUUCCCCCGCCUUACCAGCUAGACUCCAAACUUGCGGCAGGGCUGGCGCGGACACCCAUGUACCCUUUCCCGGGGGGCACCUACCCCUACCCCAUGCUCAGUCCGGAAAUGUCACAAGUGGCGGCCUCGUGGCACACCCCGAGCAUGUACCCCAUAUCCUCGGCGGCCAGCAGUUUCCGAAGUCCGUACCCCACGUCGCUGCCGAUCUCCACUUCUAGUCUAUCGAGUGAACUGUACCGGUUUUCGCCAACGCUGGGCGGAGGCCUAGGCCUCGGUCUGGGCCCCGCGCUGGUGCCCCCGCCCCCCUCCAAGGCUGACCUGGAGUCCCACCACGCGCGGUAUGCGAGGUCACUAGAAAAGGGCAGUAGCAGCAGCGACAAACCCAGCGAGGGUACAGUCAGCAACAACAGCAAAGAGCAGAACAAGAAGCCUCACAUAAAGAAACCCCUCAACGCCUUCAUGCUGUACAUGAAGGAGAUGAGAGCGAAGGUUGUGGCAGAGUGUACCUUAAAGGAGUCCGCUGCUAUCAAUCAGAUAUUGGGACGACGGUGGCAUUCGUUGAGUCGUGAAGAGCAAGCAAAGUACUAUGAGAAAGCGAGACAGGAGAGACAGCUCCAUAUGCAGCUGUACCCGGGUUGGAGCGCGAGGGACAACUACGGUUACGGUUCCAAAAAGAAAAAGCGGAAAAAGGACCGUAGUCCUGCUGAGUUGGGAGGAAAUAAUUUGAAGAAGUGCCGAGCGAGGUACGGCCUCGACCAACAGAACCAGUGGUGCAAACCUUGCAGGCGGAAGAAGAAAUGCGUGCGCUACAUGGAGGCGCUAGCGGCGGCAUCGGGGACGAUGGGGAUCGGCGGGCCGCCCGCGACCCCGCACUCGCCCUGCUCCGAUGAGGACGUGAAGCUCGAGGAGUUGUCCGACGCGUCGGACGACGACGGCGCCGACACGCCGCUCUCGGCGUCGAGCCCCGGCGCUCUGUCGGCGCUCUCGUCGCUCGCGUCACCCGCCUCCGACCCGCCUCCCCCGCGCAACCCCGUCGGCACCAACCCGCGCGACGCCAACAACCCGCUGUCGGUAGGCCAGCUCACCAGCCAGUCGUGGCCGCGCGCGCAGGCGCGGCCCUCGCACGAGGUCAUCUCCGUCUCAUAGUGCCAGUGCCGGACCGGCGCAACCCGGUACUACUUAACCUCCGGA